AGUCAGCGCGGGAGCUGCUGCUUAGCAUGCUGGCCUGGGGUUCGAUCCCGACACCAAAGAGGAAAAAAAAUAGAGCAGGGUCGGAGUUGGCAGUCUUGGAGAAGUGUCCUGCCCUGGUGCAGGCUCGCGGGUGACCGGAGGAAGCCCAGAUCCACACUUCCUGCUCUCUCUGCACAGGUGCCUGACUGGGGAGGCAGGUGGAGGCUCAGCCCGUGUUUCAGGACAGGCCAGCUGAGAAAAGCAUCGUAAGGCAGAAUAUUUACACAUCUGAAAGUCAAGGCUCAGUCCAGCCGAAGAGAAAGCACCCUCCGUUGGAAGACUAAGCUCAUCUUGAAGUCAAGGUUCAGCUCUGACCGCUCUAAUUUUGUAACUUCGGUGGAAGAAACCCAGGAUGGCCAGUCAAGCCCAGAGCUCUAACACCAUGGCCCGCGGUUCGAUAACAUUCUCAGAUGUGGCCAUAGACUUCUCCCAGGAGGAGUGGGCCUGCCUGACCUCUGCCCAGAGGGACCUGUACUGGGAUGUCAUGUUGGAGAACUACAGCAACUUGGUCUCGCUGGAUUUGGAAUCCUCAUAUGAGGCCAAGAGUUUAGCUAUACAAAAAAACAUUUACAAAAUGAAUCUUCACAAAAGGAAUUCGGGUAGCAAAAGUAAGUCUCAUCACCUGAACAGGAUGCGUGAAGGCGAGUCUGAAGUAACCCAGGGCUCCCAAGAGAGAAAUCGCAGUCCAGUAAAAGUCAGCUCCAGAAAAGCGCCAGCCAGUAGAGAGCGCACACCUCCGCGACCUCACCCGAGACCCCACGGUAAGGAGAGCUCCUACGAGUGUAAGGAGUGUGGGAAGGCCUUCAGCCGUGGCUACCAGCUCAGCCAGCACCAGAAGAUCCACACCGGGGAGAAGCCCUACGAGUGUAAAGACUGCAAGAAGGCCUUCCGCUGGGGCAAUCAGCUUACUCAGCACCAGAAGAUCCACACCGGGGAGAAGCCCUACGAGUGUAAAGACUGCGGGAAGGCCUUCCGCUGGGGCUCGAGCCUGGUCAUCCACAGGAGAAUCCACACCGGGGAGAAGCCCUACAAGUGCAAGGACUGCGGGAAGGCCUUCAGACGCGGCGACGAGCUCACCCAGCACCAGCGGUUCCACACCGGGGAGAAGGACUACGAGUGCAAGGACUGCGGGAAGACCUUCAGCCGGCUCUACAAGCUCAUCCAGCACAAGAGGAUCCACAGCGGGGAGAAGCCCUACGAGUGCAAGGACUGCGGGAAGGCCUUCAUCUGUGGGUCCAGCCUCAUCCAGCACAAGAGGAUCCACACGGGCGAGAAGCCCUACGAGUGCCAAGAGUGCGGGAAGGCCUUCACGCGGGUCAAUUACCUCACGCAGCACCAGAAGAUCCACACCGGCGAGAAGCCGCACGAGUGCAAGGAGUGCGGGAAGGCCUUCCGCUGGGGCUCGAGCCUCGUGAAGCACGAGCGGAUCCACACAGGCGAGAAGCCGUACAAAUGCACGGAGUGCGGGAAGGCCUUCAACUGUGGCUACCACCUCACGCAGCACGAGAGGAUUCACACUGGUGAGACGCCUUAUAAGUGCAAGGAGUGUGGGAAGGCCUUUAUUUAUGGGUCAAGCCUGGUUAAACACGAGCGAAUUCAUACGGGAGAGAAGCCCUAUGAGUGUAAGGAGUGUGGCAAGGCCUUUAGUCACGGCCAUCAGCUUACACAGCACCAGAAAACUCAUAUUGCAAAAUCAUAUGCAUGUAAGGAAUGUGGAAAGGUGUAUAACCACGCGAACCAUCUCAGAGAACAUCAGAAGACCCAUAACAGCUGAGAAACAUCCAAACACCAGCCACCCCCGGCCUCCAUCCUGCAUUCAUCCCUUCCUCAACACAAGGGAAACCAUGACUUAAUUUAACAUAAGAAAGCCUUCACUGGCCAUUCUUCUCAUUGAGAAUAUCAGAAGUCAUCCUAGAGGCAAAUUUGGAGAGUUGGAGAAGUCACUUCCCUAACGAGUACGACAUGCUCAGCCAUUUUUACUGGACAGGCUGGCUGAGCAAAUGCACAGAGCCUGCCAAUGCCAUUCCAUCUUUUCACACUUGAGUUCAUUGAGGUUCAUUCUAGGGACAACUGCUGGUGUAAUGUGGGGAGGCCGUUAGCCAUGACCCGUUCCCUGCCAGUCAUCACCAUCCACCUCUACCCACCGUGAGACACACAGCACACUGCUCAUCACCCUGUGCAUUACAGAUGCUCCUUAGCACACAGUAGGGUCAUGUCCCAACAAACCCACCCUACUUGAAAAGACAGUCCCAACUGCAUUUAAUACACCUGACUGACCAAACAUCAUAGGUUAACCCAGCCUACCUGAAAUCUGCUCAGAACAUUCCCGUUAACCUAAGUUGGGCAAAAUCAUCUAACACAAAGGCUGUGUCUCACCAAACUUAUUAAAUAUUAUAUAGAAAGUGAAAGUCAGUGGUUCUAUGGGGCACACUUUCCACCGUUGCAAAAUUCUAAAAUCAGUGGUUCUAUGGGGCACACUUUCCGCCACUGCGAAGUUCUAAAAUCAGUGGUUCUAUGGGGCACAUUUUCCGCCACUGCGAAGUUCUAAAAUCAGUGGUUCUAUGGGGCACACUUUCCGCCACUGCGAAGUUCUAAAAUCAGUGGUUCUAUGGGGCACACUUUCCGCCACUGCGAAGUUCUAAAAUCAGUGGUUCUAUGGGGCACUCUUUCCGCCACUGCGAAGUUCUAAAAUCAGUGGUUCUAUGGGGCACACUUUCCGCCACUGCGAAGUUCUAAAAUCAGUGGUUCUAUUGGGCAGCUUUCUGCCAUUGUGAAGUUCUAAAUCAGUGGCUCUAUCGGGUAUGCUUUCCGCCAUUGUGAAGUUCCAAAAUCAGUGGUUCUAUCAGGUACGCUUUCCGCCAUUGUGCAGUUCUAAAAUCAGUGGUUCUAUUGGGUACGCUUUCCGCCAUUGUGCAGUUCUAAAAUCAGUGGUUCUAUUGGGUACGCUUUCCGCCAUUGUGAAGUUCCAAAAUCAGUGGCUCUAUUGGGUACGCUUUCUGCCAUCAUGAAGUUCUAAAUCAAUGGUUCUAUCGGGUGCACUUUCCGACAUUGUGAAGUUCUAAAAUCAGUGGCUCUAUCGGGUAUGCUUUCCGCCAUCGUGAAGUUCUAAAUCAGUGGUUCUAUCAGGUGCACUUUCUGCCAUCGUGAAGUUCUAAAAUCAGUGGCUCUAUUGGGUAUGCUUUCUGCCAUUGUGAAGUUGAAAAAUCAUUGGCUGUAUUGGGUACACUUCUUGCACAUUAUGUUGAAAAAGAUGAAAGUUAAAAUAUCUGUAAAUCGGGACCGUCUAUAUAUGUAGAAUGUAUGUUAUGUGCAUUGUUUGUACAUAGGGAUAUCACACCUACCUAAACUGCUAUUGUGGGGUUUAAAUGUUCGAUACUUGUAAACUCUCUGAAAAUGUAUCUGGGGUGUUGUUUCAGAUCAGUAGCUAUCACCUGUUGUUCUUGUGAUCAUCACCAUUAGUGUUUUAGUGAGUUAUCAAGACCACCUGGCAUGCAGUGACUUUAGAAAAGACUAUGAAUGUCUAGGUUUCAGAAAGCACCGAAGAUGACUGUGAGUCACAUCUUGGCUGGACAGCCCGUCAGUGCACAGAGGGCGUGCACAGAGCGGUCAGGUCAGACUUCCUCAGAAGUGCAAGGCUGUGAAAUGAUGCCUCGAGACAGAGAAGAGGGCACACAGCAGAUUGGAGGCAGAUGUCCACUCUGCACCUACCCAACAAAGGUCUCAGUGGAACAUGUGGAGAAUCCCGCACGUCAGAACAAAGCAGCCGAGGGGCAAGAGUAAGCACCUCCCCAGAGAAGAUCACAGACGGCCAACAAGCAGGUGGAAACGUGCUCAGCAGCACGGCUCCAGGGGUGCCAGUCAGGCCACGGUGGGCAGCACCUCAGGGUCACCGGGGCUCGGGUCAAAACCGCAGCAGCAGAGAGUGCGUUUCAAGUGUUUCACUACAGAUGACAAGCGAGUGAUGGACACAUUUGACUCAGUCAUUCCACAUUGUAUACAUGUAUUAAAACAUCCCAUUGUACUCUGUAAAUGUGAUUUAAAUAGUAAAAAGUGUCAUUCAAUU